UCACUGUCGAAGCUUAAUGGACCAUUCCAGCUCGCAGAGUAUCUGUCAUUGAGGGUGAAAGCGGAUCCUCAUGAUGUAGAGGGUUUGGUGAGGGUUCCAAAGUAUGAUGAGACUGACUCUCAGUGGAUAUACGAACAUCUCAGAAGAAUACCCAUUGAUGCGGCACCUCUGGUCAAUCAUUUACUUGGAGGUUGUACCAAAGAAACAUGUCCAGAGAUGAAAGCGGAAGAAUGGCUUUAUCUUUGUGCUGCUCAUGGUGAUGGACAAGCCGCCGUAGAGUGCUGUGCCAUUGACUAUAUUCUUCAUACACUUGAUUCAACCACUGCUGUCCUCAAUUCUUCCGAAAAGUUCCCUUCCAGAAUGUCCAUACCCCCCGCAUCUUUAUCCCACUUUCCAUCACUCUUUCGACGACUUUCACGUAUCUUCUCUCAUGCCUACUUUCAUCAUCGCGAAGCUUUCUCCCUUGCCGAAGGGGAGACAUCUCUCUACGCUCGUUUCUUGCUCUUAUGUGAAAAACACCAACUGGUGGAAAAAUCAUUACUCCCCAUUCCUGAUCAACCUAAACACUCAGAA